CUCCGAUGUUUUGCAGCAUUUCGAUCUACCUGUGGACUCAAAAGAUGCCGUGUAUGUAACAAGAAAACUUUACUUAAGGCUCCCCCUAAUCCAUCUUUAUGUCUAUAGACACCUUCCCUCAACAAGCAUACGCAGCCCAGUACAAGGGAACGAACGCUGAGGACGCAUAUGCUUUUGAGGGAUUUCCACAGGGAUGAAUAGCGGGCGAGAGGUCUAAUUUGCGAACACGUAUACUACGGAGCCGCAAAGGGGUCAAUGGAAGGAGCGAGAAACCGCGUGGGACAGCAUGAAUUGUCAGGAGAAUAUGCUUACAUGAUCAGCCGUGGAGAAGGCAGAGGUGGAGGAAGUGCCUUAGCUGCUGCAGGCGACCUUGAGGACGCAGACCACACGACUAACACAUCACCAAAUAGUAGUCCACCGUGGAAAAAAGGGCUGUUUCAAUUCGAUCUUCAUCAGAACAGAGUUGAUGUCACAGAACAAAGGGAGAUGUUGGGAGCCUCCUUUGAUCAUUGGGAUUUGCAUAGUUCCUUUUCUAAGAGUCUCCCGCUUAUUCCCACUUGUCAACGUCCUGCGGAUCUAGAUUGGCAUGUCUUGAGUCAAAACGUCAAAAGAUACGGCGUCAGGAAUGCGCACUUGACCGCCCAACCUCCUCAGGUCGGUUGGAGUCGCAUUUUUAACACGCAAUCUUCUGGUGCAGAUCUGGCUUACUCCAAUGUGUACGUGAACAAGGACCGCAAAGGCGAAUUUUGGGUCGUUAAUGCGCGCUUAGUGGAGAAAUUACGAUCUUUAAACCUGUGGACCGAGUUGCUCGCCAACGACUUGAGGAAAAAUGGAGGAGAUUUGGUCAAAACAUACAACUCGAUCAAAAGUAGAGAAGUUCUCUCAGAUGACAAGUUCGACAUCCUCUUAAGAUUGGCGAAGGUGUUUCCUGCAGCAACGUCGAAUAUCCCUGACGUGUACAAGAUUGCCCAUUCUGCGGCACGAGCACCCUACCUGGACCAAGCCGAAUCGUUCAACAACCUGGUGGAUGACCCCGCCAAAACCCGUCUCCUUAGUUUAAGGCUUCAGGAUUCUAAUCGUUUACCUCACUCUAGGAUAAGGGUGACUGAAAACGUUUUUCUGAAAAUUUCAAGUUCUAAUCGUUUACCUCACUCUAGGAUCAUAAGGGUGACUGAAAACGUUUUUUUGAAAAUUUCAAGUUCUAAUCGCUUACCUCACUCUAGGCGACCUGGUUGGCCUGA